UGUAAUGUUGGGAUGUAAGUAGUUCGUACACAUGUAUAGUAGGAACUGACACAUUUCUAUACCUAAAUAAUUGGUUCGGGAACAAUCUUGCGCAAGAGGGAAGGGCAGAUGAUAGACAGCUGAUUGCAUGGUUAACUACCUAUUGAAACAACCGGUGAUAUUAUCCAAUCACCGCGACCCCAGCCGCUGUAACAAUUCAAUAAUGCGCCCCACACUUUUAGGAUAGCCAUCAGUUUUUAUUAUUAUAGGUACUGUAAAAUAGGUGUCCCAUCACUAACAUUUUUGUAGGCAGUAAGUUGCAUUGGUGCAUGGUAUCUUUUGAAUGUCGUAAUUAGUUAUAAAUGGAGGAGGAGGAACGAGGAAGUUAUGAAAAUAUCACCACUUUUGUGUACCUUCGAACAUUUGGUAUCAAUUUUCCAAAUUAAUUAAUAUUGGAACAGGCAAAUUAUACGGACAGACAAAUUAUUAUUUAUUUAUUUUAAAUUCUUUAUAAUUUAAAACUCUUUACACAGGAUAUAUUAUUAUAUACACUGAUAAGAUGGUGUCUACAUCAACAUCUAGUACUUGGAAAAAUCCCAAAUUAUUCUACAAUGAUGGUUACCCUAGAGCCACUACUAGGGAGUUAUGGAAAUAGUGCUGCAGUCGAAGCUAGUCCUCAAUUCAGUCAGGAGGUCCAGAUACAGUGACUUAUCGGUGCCAUGUCGGAGAUCACACUCGAUUUCCUGCAGGGUUUGCUCAAAGAUGAAUACCCUGAUGUCAGCAUUCAGCAGUUUGAGGGCGCUCCAGGUUCCAAACGAGGUGAUAACUACACCUCAAUGGUUUACCGAAUCGCCUUGAGUGGCAUCCGAAGACACGUUGAACCUGAUGGCUCCAGCGAAAGUGAUGAACCUUGGGAAAGUUCUAUCAUCUACAAAUGUCUCCCAGAGAGCAUCUUGCGAAGAGAAGCUUUCAAAAGCGAUGAGCUGUUCUGCAAUGAAGUCGCAUUUUACACCAAAAUUUGGCCUGCUUUAGUCGACUUUCAGAAACAGUGGAAUGUUCCCAACCCAUUCAAGGCGAUCCCGAAAUGUUACUUGGCCCAAAAUGAUUGUGUUGUGCUGAAGGACCUGAAGAGGGAAGGGUAUGUGAUGCCGGAUAGGCACCAAGGUCUCACUAUAGAGCAAUGCUACUUCGUGUUGAAGCAUUUGUCGCAAUUCCAUGCGUUGUCGCUAGCUAUGAAGUGCCACAACCCUGAAGCUUUCUACGAGUUGUUGAAUAUUAAGGAUGGCAUUACUGAAGUAUUCUACGUCGAAGAAAACGUGGAUUACUACAGAAAUUAUUACAUGGAAGCUACAAGGAAUGCCAUAGCCAUGGUAGAGCAGGAGUUAUCUGAUGCGGAAGACAGAGACCACUAUUUGGAAAAGUUUAAAAGUUUCUGCAGUGAGGAAACCUUCUUUCAUACGAUGGUGGAGCUGGUUACUCCUAAAGAACCCUUAGCUGUGAUUGGACAUGGAGACUGUUGGACCAAUAACUUCUUGUUUAAAUACGUAGACGGUGAUAUAGCUGAUAUGUAUAUCGUGGACUUCCAGCUGGUCCGCUACGCGUCUCCGGCUCUCGACCUGGUGUACAUUAUGUACUUGUGUUUGGAUCGCCAGCAGCGAGCUGAACACCUUUCCUCACUCCUGGAGUACUACACUGAUGAACUGCAUCGACGGCUAGUGAUGAUGAGCGAUGAGGAUUCUGUAUUUAAUACCAGCUUGAAUAGGGAUGCUUUGUUUGAAUUAUUACAAGAGGAAUUCAAACGAGCUGGCCGGUUUGGUCUCGGCAUUGCAGUGGACAUGUAUCCCAUCAUGACAUGCGAUAGUGAUGAGGCGCCUAACUUGUAUCAACAUGAGGACAGCGAGUCAUCAUCAACAUCACGUGUCCAGCCAGUACACACCAACAGUGCAGCUUGCAGCCGAAAGAUGACAGAGCUGGUCAUCGAGCUGGUGGACGCUGGGAUCCUUUGAUCAUCAGGAGUACCAGGAUAUAAGCAUGAUACCAGAAAUAAAAUAUAAUCAAAGGGUUUUUAAAAGACUGUAGGAAUAGUUGUAUCUUUUUUUAUAUAUGGAGGGUUAAGUUGUAUCGUUGAUUGGUGUUCAACAAAAAUUAUGGAAAGGAGUUCCCUUUGUUCUGUAUUUUAUUUAUUUGUUUUCUUCUAGAUUUAGACUACACGUGGUGAUUUUUUUUA